AUGGCCACAGCCGCCUCCAACCCCUACGGCCUGCUGGGCGCCGGCGCGCUCGCCCACGCCGAGGGCGCGGGCAUGCAGCAGGGCAGCCCGUUCCGCAGCCCGCAGAAGCUGCUGCAGAGCGAGUACCUGCAGGGCGUCCCCGGCAAUGGGCACCCGCUGGGGCAUCACUGGGUGACCAGCCUGAGCGACGGCGCGCCCUGGCCCGCGGCGCUGGCGGGCGGCCCGCUGGAGCAGCCCGACGUGAAGCCGGGCCGCGAGGACCUGCAGCUGGGCGCCAUCAUCCACCACCGCUCGCCCCACGUCUCCCAUCACUCGCCCCACGCCAACCACCCCAGCGCCUGGGGCGCCAGCCCGGCGCACAGCGCCUCGCUGGCCGCCCCCCCCGCAGCCGCCGCCGCCGCCGCCGGGCAGCCCCUGAGCGUGUACUCGCAGGGCGGGUUCGCGGUGGGCGGCAUGCUGGAGCACGGCGGGCUCACCCCGCCGCCCGCCGCCGCCGCCGGCCAGGGCUUGCACCCGGGGCUGCGCGGCGAGGCCGGCGGCGAGCACGGCGAGCUGGGCGGCCACCACUGCCAGGACCACUCGGACGAGGAGACGCCGACCUCGGACGAGCUGGAGCAGUUCGCCAAGCAGUUCAAGCAGCGCCGCAUCAAGCUGGGCUUCACCCAGGCCGACGUGGGGCUGGCGCUGGGCACCCUGUACGGCAACGUCUUCUCGCAGACCACCAUCUGCCGCUUCGAGGCCCUGCAGCUCAGCUUCAAGAACAUGUGCAAGCUGAAGCCGCUGCUGAACAAAUGGCUGGAGGAGGCCGACUCUUCCACCGGCAGCCCCACGAGCAUCGACAAGAUCGCGGCUCAGGGGAGGAAGAGGAAGAAGCGGACCUCCAUCGAGGUGAGUGUCAAGGGCGUGCUGGAGACGCACUUCCUCAAGUGCCCCAAGCCGGCCGCCCAGGAGAUCUCCUCGCUGGCGGACAGCCUGCAGCUGGAGAAGGAGGUGGUGCGGGUCUGGUUCUGCAACCGGCGGCAGAAGGAGAAGCGCAUGACCCCGCCGGGAGAGCAGCCGCAGCACGACGUGUACUCGCACGGCGUGAAAACGGACACGGCCUGCCACGACCUCUGACCGCGGGACUGCCCGGCCGCGGGACUGCCCGGCCGCGGGACUGCCCGGCCGCGGGACUGCCCGGCCGCGGGACUGCCCGGCCGCGGGACUGCCCGCCGGCCUUUAACUUAUGGUUUUGGAGACGCGGUAAGGGGUCCCCGCCCGCCGCCGCCUCGGCAAUAUUUUUUUUUUUUUUUUUCCCCUCUCUCCGACCUUUCCGCUGAUCACACACGGUGUUUACUCGCAGACAAGGUUUGUUUUCGGUCUCCGCUAGGACGAAGGAGAAAAAA